AUGAACUUGAUAUCUGCUACCAAUGGGAAUAUUGUUUUUCACAAGAACAAAACUUUGGUGGUAAGAGACAUUGCCACUGGUGCCAUAGAAAAGAUAGAUGCACCAAGCCGGAUAUCUUUUAUGUCUGGAAAGUAUCUAGCUGAUGGAGAAAAAAAUCUACAUUUUAUUGAAGGGCCUACACUAAGGAAUGUCCUGAAACUCAACAGAUGUAUCUUUUGCUUGGUCGAGUAUGAAAACGAAGUAUAUGUUGCAGAUAGAUUUGGAGAUGUCCAUAGAAUUAGAGGUGAGAGAUACGAGUAUGUGCUUGGGACCUUAUCUUAUCUAACAGGAAUGGCGAUACACAAUGGGAGAAUUCUGCUUAGUGAUAAGUAUGGAAGGAUUCGUAUCAGUGGAAUGGAUGGGAAAAUAUUGGGGUACAGAUUCGGGUGUGGGCCCAUAGUAUCUCUAGAAUGUAUCAACGGAGCUCUGGUUUCAAUAAGCAACAAGCAAAUAGUUCUAUACGAUAAGGAAUAUUCCUCAAGCUUUAUAUUUGAACUCCCAGAAGGCACAAGUGUUGUGAAAUCUAUGGGAAAGGGAAAAGACGAACUUGUGGUUAUUUGUUCAGAUUCCUACUUUCUGUUUAGAAUAGGAGAUGGAAUUGCCCUCGUUUCCCAUAUCGAGGAAACUAUUAUCGAUGGCGUUUGCAGUGGAUCUGUCUUUUACAAGGUACUACCAAACUUCACCAUUGUGGAUGGCAACGAGAAAGUCUUCUAUGAAUAA